AAAUAACGUGCUCGUCAAUGACUGACUCGUUCUUGUUCAGUGUAUGUUUUCCAGAUUAGUAUAAAUUACCCGUUGCUGCAAGGUAAAUUCAAUCCGUUUUGGUGAAGUUUCAAUCUAAAGAUGAAGCUACUCCUCCUAGGAUCUUUGACAGUGUUGCUGGUCUGGUCAUCCUUGGCCUUACCAACAGAUGAUGAGAUUGACCAAGAAAUUGACCAAGAGAUUUUAGAUGCCGCUGCUCGUGCAACGAACGAGGAUGAUGGGAAAUCCGACGAUGAGAAAGACGUAAUUGAAUGUUUGAAAGCAUGUGCUGAAGAGGGCGAGUCACAGGAAUAUUGUAUGGCGGCCUGUUUGGAUGAUGAAGAUGACGGCUUGGGACAACGGACAAUUGAGAAACAACGCAAACGAGGGUGGUUGUUCAGAAGAUGGCCACGUAUACCAUUGCCACGUAUCCCAUUGCCACGUAUCCCAGUACCAUGGCCACGUAUACCAGUACCAUGACCACGUAUACCAGUGUUUAAAAAAAAUACCAUUGCUCGUGCAGCCCGUCGCUAGUCAGAUCGCUAGACAGAAAACACGCUGUACGACCAAAUUGAAGCAAGAAAAAAUGAUUUACGAAUGUCAAGAUUAACUGAGUGUAUUAAUAUUUUAGGACUUGUAAACCCAAAUAUGUCAAGAAUUAAAAUAACGAGGAAAAUACCAUCAACAUUUUUGAAUUACACUGUCUUACUAUGCAUUUGUUCUAAAAUUCUAAUAAAAAAGAUGUACGGUAUAA